GGAACCGCACGCACCUGCCGCGCCUCCCCUCACACGCGCGCUCUCCCGCCUCGGCAAAACAAGCGAAGACCCCCGCAGUCAGAACCCGAGGAAAAAUGCUUUCGAUUUCUGUCCUCCCCAUCCCCACCCAUGCCUGCAUGGCUGUAAUAUCCGGCGGCUCUCCUGCUUCCAAAGGGAACAGUUUCCUGAGGAACCAGACGCUGGCGGAGCGCGCGAGGGGCGAGCGAGAGCUGCUGAGAACUUGUCCCCUGACCGCAGCGCCAGCGCCACGUUACCAUGGCAACUGAACCCAUCAUGAUGGCACCCAUUUGUCUAGUGGAAAACCAGGAAGAGCAGCUGAACCUGAAUCCAGAAGCAUUACAGAUUCUUAAUAAGAUUGCUCAGCCUGUGGUGGUGGUGGGCAUUGUAGGGCUGUAUCGGACCGGAAAAUCCUACCUGAUGAACUGCCUGGCAGGACAGAACCAUGGCUUCCCCCUGGGUUCCACAGUGAGGUCUACAACCAAGGGUAUUUGGAUGUGGUGUGUACCCCACCCCUCUAAGCUGAACCACACCCUGGUCCUUCUGGACACUGAGGGUCUAAGUAACUUGGAAAAGGAAGACCCUAAGAAUGACUCAUGGAUCUUUGCCCUGACUGUGCUUCUGAGCAGCACCUUGAUCUACAACAGCAUGGGCACCAUCAACAGCCAGGCCCUGGAGCAGCUGCACUAUAUGACUGAACUAACGCAGCUGGUCAGGGCAAAGUCCUCCUCAGACUACACUGGGGUAGAGGACUCUGCCAAGUUUGUGAGUUUCUUUCCAGACUUUAUUUGGGCUUUACGAGAUUUCACAUUGGAGAUGAAGAUAAAUGGAUACUCCGUAACUGAAGAUGAGUACCUGGAGGAUGCCUUGAAGCUGCUUCCAGGCACAAAUCCCAAAAUCCAAAAUUCCAACAUGUCCAGAGAGUGUAUCAGACAGUUCUUUCCAAAACGGAAGUGCUUCAUCUUUGACCGGCCUACAAAUGACAAAAAUCUCUUAGCCCAUAUUGAGAACGUGCCAGAAGACCAGCUGGACAGUAGUUUCCGGGAGCAAUCAAACAAAUUCCGUACCUAUGUUUUCACUCAUACAAAGACCAAGACCCUACGAGAGGGAAUCAUUGUCACUGGGAACCGGCUGGGGACUCUGUUGAAAGCCUAUGUGGAUGCCAUCAAGACGGGAGAAGUUCCUUGCUUGGAGAACGUGGUGACAGCUCUUGCCCAGCGUGAGAACUCAGUGGCCGUGCAGAAGGCAGCCGACCACUACAGCGAGCAGAUGGCCCAACGAGUGAGCUUCCCCACAGACAUGCUCCAGGAGCUGCUGGAUGUGCAUACAGACUGCGAGAGGGAAGCCAUUGCAGUCUUCAUGGAGCAUUCCUUUAAGGAUGACAAGCAGGAGUUCCAGAAAAAUCUCAUGGACAUGAUAGAAAAAAAGAAGAAAGAUUUCUUGCUGCAGAAUGAAUACACAUCUGUUAAAUAUUCCCAGGCAAAGCUUCAGCAACUUACAGAGCCCCUGAUGAAAAGCAUCUCAACAGGAACUUUCUGUGUUCCUGGAGGACACAGUCUCUACUUAGAAGCAAAGAACAAGGUUGAAUGGGACUAUAACCUAGUGCCCAGGAAAGGGGUUAAGGCAAAUGAAGUUCUCCAGCACUUCUUACAGUCCCAAGUGGCAAUAGAGAAAUCCAUCCUGCAGGGAGACAAAGCCCUCACCUGUCAAGAGAAGGCACUCGCAGCUGAGCGGGCUAAGAAGGAGGCAGCUGAGAAGGAGCAGGAGCUUCUAACUCAGAAACACAAGGAGCAGCUGCAAAAAAUGGAGGCUCAAGAGAGAGGCUUCAGGGAAAACAUAGCCCAACUGAGAGAGAAGUUGGAGAGGGAAAGAGAAAGCCUUCAGAGAGAACAGGAAAAAAUGCUGAUGCACAAGCUGAAGGUCCAAGAAGAACUUCGUAAUGAGGGAUUUGAAAAGAAAUCUGAGAAGUUGCGUAGAGAGAUACAGCUACUAAAAAAAGAGAUUGUGGCAAAUAAAGAUAAAUAUUUGUUGGGUCAAUGGAUUAUUGAUGUGACUGAUGGAGUAUUCAGUAAAGAAACGCCGGAUCAUACUGAGCGGGCUAAGAAGCAGGCAACUGAGAAGGAGCAGGAGCUGCUAACUCAGAAACACAAAGAGCAGCCACAAAAAAUGGAGUCUCAAGAGAGAAGCUUCAGGGAAAACAUACCCCAAAUGAGAGAGAAGUUGGAGAAGGAAAUAGAAAGCCUUCUGAGAGAGCAGGAAAAAGUGCUGAUGCACAAGCUGAAGAUACUAGAAGCUUCCGGUUUCCAGCGACAAAAAGCACAGAUUCCCUGAGGAUAUCAUUGUGUGUGAUGAUUUUUAUCAGCUGAAGAAUUGCAUCAAAUAGAUUGAUGGCCUGAAACUGCUUAAAGUCUGCAUUUCCAGGAACUCGAUGUGGUUUAGGAUAUCAUCAGUUUGGGGCUCCUUCUUCUUAUGUUUCAGGAUGCUAAAUGGGACUCUUCUGUUAGGGGUCCACUAAGUGUCCUGGACUGAGAACACUAGAUGCCAAAUAACUAAUUCCCAAGCAAGGUGCCACAUCAGCUUUUACAGUUAGGUUAAACUCAAGACAGUAGAAGAAAAAUAAUAUGAUUAUAUCAAUUAAUGAAGAAAAAGCAUUUGACAAAAGUCUAACACUCACUCGUGAUGAAACCUUUCACAAAUUAGGAAUAGUGGGGUAUUUCCUCAGUUUGAUAAAGAAUAGCUGAAAAAAACCUACAAGCAUACUUAAUGGUGAAAAGCUAGAUGCUUUCCCGUAAGAUUAGGAACAAGGCAAUGAUGUCUGCUUUCACUUCUAUUGAACAUCAUACUGGAAGUCCUAAUGAAAUAAGACAAGAAAAGAAAAGGAAAGAUAUAUAGAUUUUUUUAUGUAGAAAGU